AGUUUCCAACAGGCCCGUACGGCAUUAAACCCGUCAUGGCUUCAAAUCCUAUGGAAGUCAUGGGGUCUUAUUUUAAUUUUAUUUUACACAAAGAGAUACCGGCUACCACUCAAGCGAAACGGCUGAAAUAAUUUGAAUAUUUAAGUGUUGGUUGAACAACGAGUCGACAGGAAUAUUUAUUUACGAACUUUGAUCAACGAGUCCCAGAUACAGAGCGGCUGUUAGUUACAGCAGUAAAAUGGAAAGUAAAGGAAAAGGAGAGAAAGCCUCUUUGGUUUCUUCACCGAAUUCUAAAUCCACUUUGUGCCAUCCAUCGAAACUCGCUUUCAAAGCGUACUUUCUCUUCUUCUACGCCGCCGUUGGAAGCUCCUUUCCGUAUUUGAUGCUCUUUUUUAAGCAGCUGGGAAUGAGCGCUGCAAAGGCUGGAAUUCUGAGCGGAGUUAAACUGUUCUCUGAAUUUAUCGGCGGGCCGUUUUGGGGAACAGUCGCUGAUAAAUUUAGAAUUCGAAAGAUUAUUUUAUUCGCGUCUCUUGUGUCAUUUUCUUCAGGAAUUUUAUUGUUUAUGCCUUUUCCACCGAGAAAUCAAGAGUGUAUCGAGACAAGAGCGAACGGUACAGUGAUAAAAACACCACUGAGUUUUACCACAGGAGAAAUACGAUACGAUAAAAGUCAUGAAGACGAGGAACAAAGCGAGGAAGAUGGCGGGUUUCUCAACCAUACAGGUCAUUCAAAUUUCACCCGUCGUAUCGACGAAACCGAGAUUUCACAGAUAUUUACAACUUUUUUAAUUAUAACCAUUAGCAGUCAAAUCGUCGGCUCAGUAGUGUUCAAUAUGCCUGAUGCGUUGGUCGCGGGUUUCCUCCAAGAGGGCAUCAGUACGUUCGGAUACUAUCGGGUAUGGGGCGAAGUUGGAGUCGCUAUUGGUUCGUUCGUUGUCGGAGGUGUCAUCAACUUUUACCAGUCGGAAGUGUGCGGCGAGAUCGUGAAAAACUACUUCGUUUUAUUUUAUUUUUUUGCUGGGUUUAUUUCACUAGCGAUGUUCACCCUAAUUUUCCUUAAGGCGACAUAUCCGGAUGAGGACACUAAUGAUUCAAACUUGUGGCUUUUAGUAAAAGAACUUAUGCGCUUUCAUAACGCCAUGUUCGUGGUUGUAGCUUGCUUCUUAGGCGUCCUCGUAGGUUUAAACGAGUUUUUCGGUCUGUGGUACUUAGAUGAUCUGGGAGCAGAACCCUACAUGUUGGGCCUGGCUUCCGGUUUGCGAUACACAGUCGCCACAUGCGGGUACACUCUCUCUAGAAUAGUUAUAGACAAAUUCGGACACGCAUGCACCAUAGCAGUCUGCUUGCUGUUCUACACUGUUGAUUACAUGAGUAUGUCGUUCGUUCGGAACCCCUGGCUGGGCGUGGCACUGUUUAGCGCUCAGGGCUUCUUAUACGGAACCAGCUGGUCUGCCUGUGUGGUUUUUGGUGGUACUGUGUCACUGCGAGUUGGUUUUUAUUCAGCAACCCAAGGCGUCCUUGGCGGAGUUUACUGGGGCUUAGGAGUCGGCACAGGUGUUCUUCUCAGCGGUGUUCUGAUAAACUGGCUCGGCGUUGCCAAGACCUAUUUUGUUUACUCUGUGGUGACAUUUAUAGUUUUAGUUCCUUUUUCACUGGCUAACUUUUGGAUCAGAUCGAAGGAUGAGAGAGGGAACAGUGACCAAGAAUAUAAUUUAUUGGCGAAGGAGACAGAGGAAAACCACUGAUGACACUGAAGUGCUUAAAAGUUCUUACACCAAAAGCGUGUCGAGGUAUCGCCAACUUACACCUACCCGCAAGUUUCUUAAGUCUGUCGAAAAAAAUUUCCGCUACUACAGCGCCACUACGACCUUGACUGACUUUUACUACUUUUUUUUAAUCAUCUUCUUCUCUUUAAAGUUCAGGAAGUAAACUAUAGCUAUAGUUAUAUCACCAUACCGUGAGGUUCUGGUCGACAUGUCGCUGAUACGCACUAAUCUACUACAUAAGUGUUCUGGGAAUUGUCCAUUUGAGCAUUUGUAGAAUAAACAUAAUUAAUUUAGGUAGUCAGUCUAGUCUCUUGCAUAGGGUUGCAGUACGUUGGUCUCUCGUUUUAAGGCUUAAAAUAACACGAGCUGCUUUUUUCUGAAGACGAAAAAUUCGUCUGUUACAUUUUAGGUGUGUUGUGAAAAAAAUUAUGCGGUCGUUUAGGGGAAGAAAUAGUCUGAUCGAUCUAAGAAGACCUAUACGUUUUGUCAGUUUCCGACAUAGUUGUUCAGCAUAUUCAUUAAAGGUGAGGUCUUGAUCGACAUAGACUCCAAGUAACUUGUGACUUGUGGCGUUGUCUAACUCUUCCCCUUUACGGGUAAAGAUUCUCAUCUUACUGACACUAGUACCACCGAUUUUAGUGCGUAGCCUAGUUCCAGUUACAAACCUAGACUAGGCUACGCACUAAAAUCGGUGGUAUCAGUGUCAAUGAGAUGAGACUCUUGGUUUGGUUAUCGAAAAAAAAUCUCAAGCCUUGAACCAAAAUAAAAUUGACAUGUGUACACGAAAUACUUGCAAAAAGAGAGAACGAAAGAAUACAAAUACUUUUGAAAAAAUUCACUUAAAUUCUUCAUUUUACAUGUACAAACUCAGAAAACUUGUACCGAGAAAUGAAUUACACA